AUGGCCUCCAAUCCCGCGAAACGGAAGCCAUUUGGUCCCUCUGGGGCCCAUGGCGCGACCGGAGCCGCCCGAAAGCGCGCCAAAACUUUUGAUGCGCGUACACUGGCCGUACAGUCCACCGACGCCGCCCUCUCCGCAACGGGCGAGCUCGAUGUCGCCGCAUACGCUGCCGCCCGGGCGUUUGAAAUCCAGGCCUUGGAGGAUGGCAUGCAGAGAUCAAAGAAUGCGCUGACAACCCGAGCGUUCCAGAAGGUUCCCCGUUCCCUGCGGCGUCGGACGGCGAGUCAUAAUGUGAAACGAGUCCCGCGAAGGUUGCGGGCUCGGGCGCAGCGAGAGAUGGUCGAGGACAAUACGCCGAAGGUCACAGCACGCCGUCGCAAACCAACCCAGAUGAUGCGCAUCCGUCUUGAAUCCGCUCGACGCCUACAAACCUUGAAUGCAAGGUCCAAGAACCGAAGGCAAGCCGCAAAGAUUAAACGACAGAACGAGAACAAAGCCACCUCCAAAGAAGAAGGAACCCAUACUUUCAACAUUGCGCCCAGAGUGCCGAAAAUCAAGAAGGGCAAACUCUCACGCCCGCCGCCCGCGGACUCCAAGUACCGCAAGCGACAGCGAUGCAAGACCUGGCUCCCGACUCACAUGUUUCAUGCGAAGCGUGCGCAUAUGGCAACAACGAAGGAUCCGAUCUGGCGAUUUGCAAUUCCUAUCUCGCCUACUGAGAAGAGUUAUCGGCCUACACAUCGAGCUCGUGGCGCCCGUGGCGCCGUGGCGUGGGAUAUGAGUUAUAUGUCUACCGUGCAGCUUGAAGGGACAGAACCGUGCAUCGAAGCUGUUCUACGUGCAGUCGGUGUCAAUGGUGACGAGGCGUGGGGUGCGAAGGGAAGGAAGUGGAGGGCUGGGACGAGGUCUUUGCAGGCUUGGACAUUCGAGAAGGACCAGGCUGUCAGAGCAAUGGCACCUGUCACGCUGGUUUGGUGUGUACAGCCCAGGGCUGAGGAUGUUGAGAUGACCGACACAGACAGAAGCUCAUCUACACCUACGAAAACACGACGGAAGCUCUUCAUCCGCGUUCACCCAUCCGCAUUCCUGCAGCUGUGGACGAACCUGCUCGAGACCUCGAAACGACAGAACCCACCUGUCAUGAUUGAGGACCUGCGGUUCGAGAUUGGGAGCAUCGAAAUCACGGGCCCAGGGUCUACAGAAGCACUCCUGGCUACAUUGCAGCCCGCCCUACUACCAGACAGCCCAGCAGCACAGAGCGUGGAAGCUACUUGGCCAUCUUUACUCGGUGUUUCCAACCCAUCAUCGCUGCCGCCAAAUGCCCUUCUAUCUUUUGCUGUCUCCGACCCUCGCCUUCGCUUCCCACCGCGCAGUCUCAAAGUUCCGGAUACCGAAUCACAUAUGAAUGACCUGGCUGUUCUGCUCUCAACAUGGCCACCCGAUAAAACGCAGGGUCCGCCCUCUCUUUUCGACCGCCCAAGCCGCCUGGCAGCUAGUCGACAGCUUCCAAGUCAAAAGGCGAUUAACCGCCGUCGUUCUCUCGCUGGCCCGGGCAAAUAUCCUGCAGCACAACCCACUGACCCCCAAAUCCCUGUCAUGGUUCUUGCCAGCCGUCCACAGGCUCGGUCAAAACGGAAUACUGUUCCAGGAACCUGGACAGUACUACUUCCGUGGAAAUGCGUGGCCCCGGUUUGGUAUUCCCUCAUGUUUUACCCGCUUUCGAGCGGUGGAACCCCGCGCUUCGGCGGCUUGAAGGAACAGCAGCAACUUGCCUUUGAGGCAGGAGAGGGAUGGUUCCCGGGUGAUUUCCCAGGUACUCGGGCUGGCUGGGAGUGGAGUCAGCACGAGGCCGAGAAAUCUCGACGACUUUGGGAACGACGACCAAAAGGACGUCGCGUUGAAUUCGACAGUCUUGUUCUGGGUGAUGGACAUCCCAAGGGAGAGAUUGGACAUGGCUGGGCCUGUGAUUGGGAGAGGCUCGCUCAAGGACCGCCGCAGAGUCAGACCAGCCAGGAUUCUGCGAAGAAGGGAGCCGAUUCGACUGAAUCUACCAUUCCACCCUUCAACAUCCACAAUACUCGCUUACCCCCAGGCGAAACGAGCAUUAUCCUCAAUAAUCUCAGCCAAUCACCUACAGACCCCUCUGCUCUGGCCACAGUCCACCUUACCCUCGUCAGCCGCGGCACACCAACUCCCUGUGCGCGCAUAUAUCGCCUCCCCACAGAGCCAGUUCUGCGCCGAAAAUGGCUCGAUCUUGCUUCCACAUCCAGCAGCAAGUCCAAUGAGCACAAGAUCCAUCAUCGGAUAAAAUCUGCACUCUCCAACGAGGAGGCGCAUCGCCAACUCCCCGACUCGCUCGUUACUCUUGCGACUCCCGGAGAAGCUGGGCCAGAGCAUCUGGAAGUCCCGACUGAAGAGGAUCUCAUUGGCUUUGUGACCACCGGGAACUUCAAUCUUUCUGAGGGGAAGGGGACUGGAGUUGGGUCGAUUCUGCUAUCAAAGGUUUUGCUACCCAACGUGAAGCCUUCUGAGAGGAGGAUGUGUAUUGUUCGGACGGCGGGUGAGAAGAUCGGACGAUUGGGAGUGUGGGAGCUUGUAUGA